UCGAAUGGCCCCUUCGAUAGCGUUUAGCCAUAGGCUGUAUGUAAGAUAUCGUACUUGUUACUGUGUACAUGUUAGUGGCCUUUGAGUUUGUUUACAUAGUAUUGUUUGAGAUAAACUGACGGCGAUAGUUUAAGAGUGUAUAUGGUUUCGCUGUGAACGUAGACCGGAAAUCAUGCAAGUGGAGACCCUGAUAGAGCGCAGCUGCAGCACCAUAGGGGAGGGCCCCCACUGGGAUGAGAGAACCCAGCAGCUGUUAUAUGUUGACAUCAACGACGGGUCCGUCCACCGAUGGACCGCAGCAACGGGCAAGGACGAGUCGCAUAAAUUUGACUCCUACUGCUCGCUCGUGGUUCCGUGCCGGAAAGGCGGCUACCUGGUGUCCGUGGGUCGCUCAAUCUGUCACUGGGACUGGAACGCCGGCAAGUUGACAACCAUCGCCACCGUGGACGAGGGCAAGGACACGAGGAUCAACGACGGAAAGUGCGACGCGUCCGGUCGCCUCUGGUUUGGAACGAUGGGGCUGGAGAAGAAGGCAGCGGUGGUGGAGAAACAUCAAGGCGCACUCUACAGUCUGGAGCUUGACGGCAGCGUCCGGAAACACAAGGACGGCGUCACCAUCUCGAACGGCCUGGCGUGGACGGACGACAACCGCACCAUGUACUAUAUUGACUCCAUCCCGAGAAAAGUGUGGGCCUACGAUUUCGAUUUAACUACAGGAACUAUGACCAACGAGCGAGCAAUCAUCAGCUUCGGGGCGGAAGACUCCGAUGAGAAUUUCCGGUCCCACGGCUUCCCAGACGGCAUGACCAUCGACAUGGACGGUAACCUCUGGGUGGCUGGCUUCUUCUCCUCCAGCGUCAUGAAGUUCGAUCCUUCCACAGGCAAUGAACUUGCUCGCGUGAAUUUACCUGCUGCUAGAGUUACCUCCUGCUGUUUUGGUGGGAAAACCUUCAACGAGCUAUUUAUAACCUGUUCCGCUUUCGAUUUGUCGGAUGAAGAAAAAGAGAAAACGCCAUUGGCUGGCUCCGUAUUUAGAGCUACAGAAUUGGGAUGCCGCGGGAAACCAGCUUCAAUGUACGAGGGCUGACUAAAACGUUAAAUACCUAUGUGCAAUAAUUAGUUUGUAAAUGCAAUUUUUUUUAAGUUCUUUAUCUGUUUUGUAUAAUGAUUUAUCGCAUUUGAUGGUUAUAUUGUUAUUGUUUGCUUUAAAAUGAAUAUGAUCAAACAACAAAUACAGUCAACACCAAGACUUGAAAAAAACUGAACAUGAAGCUGAGUGCAUUCUUAUAUUUUCUAAAUAAUUCAUGCGCCAGAUUCAUGAUUCAACGAUAUGUUAACCCUAUCAGCGUAAAUAUGCUUUUAUGCGGACGUUUUGGUGAAAAAUACUUUUUCCCAGUUAUAUUCCGAAAUGUUUUGUUUAUGCAGAUUUAUUACGAAAAUAAAGAUGAUUCAUUUAAAAAGAUGAUGUUUAAUAUAACGUAUAAAUCAUGACAUAAUAUAGAAAAAAUAGAAAAAAUUCCAUGUCGCAACGCGGAUUUAUGGCAAUGUCGUAAUUGCAGUUGUAAAUGUUGUUCGUAUGCUAUGUUUGUGAUUUUCUUUAGGCUUCUGUUUUGUAAACUGUUAUGAAUUCAUUCAAUGGUUCGUUAUUUUUACAAACUAUGUGAAAUAAAACCCGAUUUUUUCCUUACUCUUA